UUUAAGCAGUCAUCACGCGUAAUUAUGGGAGUAUUGGUACAUAGUCACAUGUUACCAAGUUGAUGCCCCAGGCAUCAACUCUAGUUGGCCCGAACAACCUCGGCAGCGCAGCUCCACAGUUGCUUCAUCUGUUGAUGAAAUAAGUUAUGGACGUAACUUGUCUGACUGCUGCUAUAUUCACAGUGUAUACCCCUAAUUGGACUCUCUAACUCUGGUACUGCUUGAUCCUAUCGUUCGUAUAUCUGGCAUCUUUGAACGAGUGAGCUCGUCCUGAUAGUCUUGAACUAACUUUUAGAACUGAGCAAUUUAAGAGGCGUCGAUAUACGUCAAUUUUAAUUACGACACCUGCAUUCAGUGGUUAAUACUUCACAAUGGCAUCUGAACUACCCUCAUACAAGCACUUCAACGUCACAUUCCCCCGGGAAUAUGUCGCGCAUGUCGAAACCAACCGACCUGAGAAGAUGAACUCGUUCUUCGAGGCCAUGUGGCUCGAACUACGCACAAUCUUUGACACCUUGUCAGAACUCCCCUCGGUUCGCGCCAUAGUCUUCUCAGGCGCCGGUGACCGCGCUUUCACGGCCGGUCUCGACGUCAAGGCCGCAUCCCAAGGCCUUCUUGCCCCAUCAGAGGGUGACUCUACAAGUGACUCUGCCCGCAAAGCCGCAAAGCUCAGACGCACAAUCGCCGAUUUCCAGGACUGCGUCACCAGCCUGGAACGAUGCGAGAAGCCUGUUAUUGUGGCCAUGCAUGGCUUUUCAUUCGGCUUGGCUAUUGACCUUGGCACGGCUGCGGAUGUCCGUGUCUGUGCGAGGGAUACCAAGUUCUCGGUUAAGGAGGUGGAUAUUGGUCUUGCGGCUGAUGUCGGGACUCUGAGUCGGUUGCCCAAGGUGGUUGGAAACCAAGGAUGGGUGAAGGAGGUUACACUCACGGCACGAAUCUUCGGAGCCGAAGAAGCCCUGAAGGUUGGGUUCGUGAAUUCAGUGUAUGAGACGAAAAAACAGGCUGUUGAGAAGGCUAUUGAAUUGGCGGGGUUGAUUGCGAGCAAGAGCCCCGUUGCAGUACAGGGAACCAAGGAGAAUUUGAAUUUCUCGCGGGAUCAUUCUGUCAAGGAUGGCCUUCGUUAUACUGGUGUUUGGAAUAGUGCUGCGUUGCAAACGAAUGAUAUUACUGCCGCGAUUUUGUCUGGGUUAGAAAAGCGAGUGCCGACUUUUGAAAAGUUGUAAGACAUAUAGGGAUAUUUACAAACCUGAGUAUAAAUAUUUCGAAAUUUACAAAUUGACACUGGAACUAUGGAACA